AUGCUGCUUCUCCUUCUGCUUGCAAGUGCUUUUCUCCUUGUCCCAUGGGCUGGGGCUGGAAGGAUCAUUGGCGGAUGGGAAGCUAAGCCCCACUCCAGGCCCUACAUGGCUUAUUUAUCAAUUGGAAGUGAGUCACAAAUAUAUACAUGUGGAGGGUUCCUACUUCGCCCAGAUGCAGUGCUCUCCGCAGCUCACUGUGUGGCUGGAAAAACGAAAGUGAAUAUCACCGUGACCCUGGGAGCCCACAACAUAAAAAAGAAUGAGCCAAGCCAGCAGAAGUUCCACAUUGGCCACUGGGUCGUCCACCCCAACUAUUCAGGAAACACCUUUGAAAAUGACAUUGUGCUGCUGAAGCUGAAGCCAAGGGCCAAGCUGACUAAGGAAGUCAGUUAUAUCCCCUUGCCCAGUCACAACAAGCCUGUGAAACUAGGAACUACAUGCCAAGUAGCUGGCUGGGGCCGGACAUCGAUAACACAGCAUAAGAGUAGUGUGCUGAUGGAGGUGGACCUGAAGGUGCAGAGUGAGAAAGUGUGUGAGAAGUAUUUCAAAAAGCGCUUUCUCCAGCAGUCUGUGAUCUGCGCUGGUGAUGAGAAUGGCAAAAAAUCAACUUUCCGUGGUGAUUCUGGUGGCCCAUUAGUCUGCAAUGGGAAGGCUCACGGCAUUGUUUCUUAUGGACGCAAAUAUUGCAUUUUCCCUAAAGUAUUUACCAGAGUCUCCUAUUUUGAAUCCUGGAUACGUGAAGAGCUGAGGAAGUUUGAGCUCCAAGACCUCCUUGACUCUCCCUGCUCUGACUAA